UGUUCUCUGUUUGGCAAACGGCCGAGCCGGCAGACUCUACGUCACUUCCUCGAGUUAUUUCCAUUUGUUUGUGACAAACGCUAGCGGUUAUCUAGUACCUUAUACACCAGAGAUAACGUUGCGGUUUUAUUUUACACCAUGUCAGGGUGAAAACAGUAUUACCAUUUUUUUCUGUAAACGGGUGUACUCUAAAAUUAUGCUGGAAAUCUAGUCGCUACCAAACGUGUUAGCGUUAGCAAAGACAGGAAAACGUGCGUCCGCGAACAGAAGUAGUUGGUCAGCUAACGUUAGCUAGCUAGUUUAGGUUAAUUGGCUGCCCAUUGUUAGCUGCCUUGUUCCAGGUAGCGCUGGUGUUGUAGUGCUGGAUAACGUUAGCUGACUUACUCACUACUGUAAACUGAUGGAGUGCUCUCAUCUGAACUCAAACGUGAGCUGCGCUGUCGAUUCCUCCAGGUUCCCUAACGGUACGCCGUCCUCCUGGUGUUGCAACGUUUGCAGGUCUAAUAAAAGUCCUUGGAUUUGCCUUACCUGUCUGGUGGUUCACUGUGGAAGAUAUGUCAAUGGACAUGCAAAGAAGCACUUUGAAGAGGCUCAAGUCCUUGGCAUUAGUCAAAGGAAGGGUGAGAAACAGGAGAAAGAGAAAUCCCAUCACUCUGUCUGCAUGGACUGCAGCAACUACAGCGUAUUUUGUUACAGAUGUGAUGAAUUUGUUGUCAAUGACACCAAACUUGGACAGGUGCAGAAGGUGAGGGAACAUCUUCAGAGUUUAGAAAACUCAGCACUGAUGGGCGACAGACAGAGGAAAAGAAAACUUCAGGAGAGCCCAGCUCCAGACAGCAAACUGUUAAAAGACAAUGAUGGGACAGCUUUAGGUGCUACAGGCCUGCGGAACUUGGGCAACACAUGCUUCAUGAACGCCAUUCUGCAGUCCCUCAGCAACAUCGAGCAGUUCAGCUGUUAUUUCAAGGAGUUGCCUGCUGUAGCUCUACGCAGUGGUAAGACAGCAGGAAGAAGGAUGUACCACACCCGCAGCCAAGGGGACAACAGUGUGUCUUUGGUGGAGGAGUUCAGGAAAACCCUUUGUUCCCUUUGGCAAGGGAGCCAGACCGCCUUCAGUCCAGACUCCUUAUUUUAUGCCAUAUGGAAAAUCAUGCCAAGUUUCAGGGGCUAUCAGCAGCAGGAUGCCCAUGAAUUCAUGCGUUACCUGCUGGACCACCUCCACAGGGAGCUCCAGUACAGUCGCAACGGGGCGUCUCUCCCAGUCUCACCUCAGGAUGGGGUCAGACUCUCCACAGCGGAGGGCAAAUGCUGCAUAAAUGGGACUGCCAGUGUUGUCACAUCAAUUUUUGGGGGAAUACUUCAGAAUGAAGUCAACUGCCUGAUAUGUGGGACAGAAUCUCGGAAGUUUGAUCCAUUUCUUGAUCUGUCUUUGGACAUUCCCAGCCAGUUCAGGCAAAAGAGAAGUAAGGACCAGGAGCCAGGGCCAACAUGCACCUUACGCGACUGCUUACGUAGCUUCACUGACCUGGAAGAACUUGAUGAAACCGAGCUGUACUAUUGCCAUAAGUGUAAAAAGCGACAGAAAUCCACUAAGAAGUUCUGGAUCCAGAAACUUCCGAAGGUUUUGUGUCUGCACCUAAAAAGGUUCCACUGGACGGCCUUUUUGAGAAACAAGGUUGAUACCUAUGUGGAAUUCCCACUGAAAGGCCUGGACAUGAGAGGCUACUUACUUGAGCCAGAGAACUCACUACCAGGGAGCUGCCUGUAUGACCUUGUUGCUGUCGUAGUGCAUCAUGGUUCCGGGGUUGGAUCAGGGCAUUAUACAGCAUAUGGCAGCCACAAGGGCCGCUGGUACCACUUCAACGACAGCACAGUAACUCUGACUAAUGAGGACACAGUGAGAAAGGCCAAGGCCUACAUCCUCUUCUACGUGGAGAGGACUGGUCAGGUGGCCUCAGACAAGGCUGCCACGAACAGCACAGCCACAGACAAAGCUGCUGUGGACACGGCAGCGAUGGACAGUGUUUGUUCAGAAGCAGUUGCUCCAGACGAGGUUGCCGCAGACACGGUAGCCACGGACGGUGUUUUGAUGGAUGCGGCAGCCUCACACAUGGUUACCUUGGGCGAGAAAGCCCCAGAUAAUGCCACGCUGGAAAAUGUGGGCAGAGACAUGGCUGCACUGGUCGAAGCUGACACAGAUAGGGAUACCUCAGACAAGGCUGCAACAGAGGAAGCUAGCCAAGCUAUACAAACGGUUGCACAGUGAUUCUGUCAGACUUUACUGCCUCAGACCAGCUCCUCACUCCAUUUUGGCUUCACCACAGCCACAUCUCUCACAGUGCUUGACUAUAAUAGUUAAUUUUCACGUUUUAAUAUAUGUGUGACUAUUUUGCUUUUAUGACCUGCAUGACAGCAUCAUGUAUAAUUCGCUGCUUGAUUUUUGUUUAGUAUGACUUUUUGCAUUUACUUCCUUGAUGUUGUAUUCCUCAGUUGAGGUAGACCUCUCCAUAUCUAAUAGAUUCCAAAGGUGAUCGUUUAAAGUAAUGAAGUAAAGCUUUAGCCUUGGAGAACCUCAGUUGGUCCAAUGUUUAUCCUAGACUCGUGAGAUUCAUUGUGUUAAGACAACGUGUCAUUGUAAUAAUAUUUGGAGUCUCUAUUGUUUUUAAAGUUUCUAAUUUUAUAUUUUCCACCUCUUAAGAACCACAUAGUUCUUUUUUCCAGGUAUUAGGGGAGAUUUUAGGAUUUAGAAUGCAAUGCAUUUAUUGACUGACAAGUGCUCAUUAGGGCUGUAGGAAGAUGUUUUAACCUCUUGACCAGAACCAAUGUGAAAGAAAUGAUCAUUCUCAGAUUGUCUUGUUUGUCUGUAUUGGUGCUGGAGUGUCUUUUAACUUUUUAUGUUGAUCUGAAAUGGGCUUAGACACAGGGCCUGAUGAAAUUCUCUUUUAAAAUGUGUAUCGGACAAAGUGAAUAUGACAAAAUACAAUGGAGAAUCUUUUUUUCAAAUGUUUGAUGUUCUGUUUUUUUUUUUAUCUUUGGAGAAAAAAAAACAUAAAUUGCAUGCUUCCCUGAAUCCUAUUCCUUUCCUAGUGAGUCCACCAAUCCAUUACGACAACCAGACGACGUGUAGCAGUGUGUCAACUAAACAGGUAGAUAGGGUUAUCUAUUACUACCAUUACUCUUUAAAGCAGCUAAAAUCUUUUUAUCCACUUGGUGCUAAUGUCUUGUUUUAGUAAUCCUGUAAUUGACAGAAGCUCCUAUUAUUGAAUAAAUCAGAAUGAAUAGGGCUUAGAAUAGUGCAACCACAGGUUUUAACAUAAAGAAAAAUAUCAGAAAUAAGAGCCAGUUUGACUUUAUUUGUGAAUCCUUUUAAUUUAACUGGGAGAAUUAUGAGCUAUAGUUGAAAGGUAAUGAUGCUUCAGCUGUUAUUCAAAUUAUUUGUUUUCAGAGAAGUAAGUUUUCAGUGUUCAGAGGAAGAAAAAUGAAAACUUUGGGUCAGACAAAGCAGAAUUGACACAAUAAAUCGAUCUGCAACGGAUAACAAAUUAAUUGUUUAAGUCGUGUUAUUGUCAAGUCAUUUUGCAUUUCUUUGUCUGGGUUUUGAACAGUGAGUCAGACAAGAAAAAAAGACCACCAUGGAAACUGUCCAUUUAAAUUUUUGUUUUUCUUUAUGUUGACCAAAUAGUUCAUUGAUUAUGAAUGUAAUCUGUAAUUGAAUCCUUCAAGACCCGCAAAAAUGUCAGCUGUGUCUACCUAUAAUUCUGUGCCUGGAUGUUAUCUUUUUCAUUCUUAGAGAUGUUUAAUAACAAAAAUAUAAAAUAUAUAUGGAUUAGAAGUCAGAUUUUUUUCCAGAUGUAAACAUAUAGUCUACCUGUGUUGACCUGUGUACCUAUGAUGCCAUUUGAUUUUAUAAGCUGGACACGUGCGCACCAGAAGGUACAUUAUGUUUACAUGCCCAAUAUAAUUGUCCCAGCACCCUUAUUGUGGCUUGUA